AUGAUCGACUUUACUUCUACUUCUGUCAAAGCUAAUAACAAGGUCUUGGAAACUAAAUCCAGUACGAAAGACUAUCAAUCCGCCGGCGAUCCCAACUCCAAGGUUCCUCAAGGUCUGUGGUCCUUUGACGACGCCAUGAAAAUGGCACCUGAAACAGUCCGAAACUUGCAACUCGCUCACCUGAACAAGCUGCGUACUAUCCGUGGACAGCAACAUCUUGAUUUAAUCGGUGGUGUCGGCGUCGUUACUGUUGGAAACAACAAUGAAUAUGUCUGGAAUUGCUUACAAAAGUGCUUUAACGAAAAACUUUACAUGAUGGGCUCUAUUUCGUACCGUAAUCUUGCUGCUGCUUUUGGUAGCAAUAUGGCAUUGCUUUCACCUGGUCAAAAGCUUACUCGUACUUGGACUGCUACCGGCGGUGCUGAAGCAAAUGAGGGUGUUAUCAAAUUAAUUCGACUGGCUACUCGCUAUAAGAUCAACAAUAAACGGUUUCUCUCUACCCUCAACUCGUUCCAUGGCAAAACCACUGGUAGUGUCUUCUUGGGCGGUAAGGAAAAAUGGCAGAAAUACCAAAGCCCUUCCCUGUUCGACGUGGAUUAUGUUCCUUAUGGAGAUUUUCAUGCACUUGAAGUUGCUCUGAUGUCUGGUAUUUACCGCGCAUUUGUCGUAGAACCCAUUCAAGGCGAAGGCGGUGUCAUUGUCCCUCCUCCCGGCUACUUUGCCAAAGCCCGUGAACUUUGUACAAAGUAUGAUACCUAUCUUGUUCUGGAUGAAAUUCAAACAGGAUGUGGUCGUACUGGCAAAUUUUGGGCAUGUGAGCAUGAAAAUAUCAUUCCUGACUGCAUUUCCUUCGCCAAAGGUUUUUCUGGAGGCUUAAUUCCUUUCGGCGGUUACAUCGCUACUGAAGAGCUAUGGAAUGCUGCUUACGGUACAGUUGAAACUGUAAACACACUUGGUCUUGCCGCCGGCGUUGCUACCAUUGAUUUCAUUUAUCAGAACAAUCUUCUUGACAGAGCGAAUAAGCUUGGUGGUAUUAUGUUUGACCGUCUUAGCAAGCUUCAAACCAGAUAUCCCGAUAUUAUUAAGGAAAUCCGCGGCCGGGGUAUGAUGGUUGGUAUCGAGUUCUUCCGUCUCCCUGCCGUUGCUCAAGAAGUAUUCGGUGAGUUUUAUGCACUUCCUAUUGUUAACGAUCUCGCCGAUAAUCAUCGUGUCCAAGUUUACUGCUCAUUAAAUAACCCUUCUGUUUUCCGUUUUCUUCCUCCCUUAACAAUUCCUGAAAAAGAUUUAGAUGAAGGUUUGAAAUCUGUUGAAGAUGCUGUUGCAGCCUUCAGUGUAAAAAUUAAUAAAGAUGUCAUGGGACAAAUCUUCCUAAUUAAUACUAAUAAUUUUUUUUCAUAA